CUUCUCAGUGUCUCUCGCCAAUUAACACAGUUUUCUGCUUAAACCCUAAUUCACGCCGUCUUUUUUAAACUCAAAGCUUCACCGUUGUCUAUUAUUUCUCCGCGCCGCCUCCUCUAAUCUCAGGUUUAGGUUAUAAGGAGGAAUUGCAAGUAACAAGAUGGAGGUUGCUUUAGAGGAUAACAAUCCCAUGGAGAAGGUCCUGCCUCCUGAUGAGCAGGAGAUCGAUGUUGAGUUGGAGGCUAAAGAAAAGAAAUAUCUUAGAGGAGAAGGUGCUAACUUAGAGACAUUGAAAGAUAAGAAACUAAAGACUCAGCUUGCUUCACGAGAAAAGUUGUAUGGGAAGUCCGCAAAAGCUGCUGCUAAAAUUGAGAAAUGGCUCUUGCCGGCUUCGGCAGGGUACUUGGAGACUGAUGGAUUAGAGAAGACUUGGAGGAUCAAUCAGACGGAUAUUGCCAAAGAAGUAGAUAAAUUGAGCACAAGAAACCAAUAUGACAUAGUGCUCCCAGAUUUUGGUCCUUACAAGCUUGAUUUUACUGCAAGUGGUCGGCAUAUGCUAGCUGGUGGUCGCAAAGGCCACCUUGCUCUUGUAGACAUGAUGAAUAUGAACUUAAUUAAAGAGAUCCAGGUAGGAGAAACAGUACGUGAUGUUGCAUUCCUGCACAAUGACCAAUUCUUUGCAGCUGCUCAAAAGAAGUAUUCUUAUAUUUAUAGUAGAGAUGGAACUGAGCUCCAUUGCCUGAAGGAACGUGGUUCAGUAGCCAGACUCCGAUUCCUAAAGAACCAUUUCCUACUAGCAUCGAUAAACAAAAUCGGACAGCUACAUUACCAAGACGUAACCUAUGGUAACAUGGUGGCUAGUAUCAGAACAGGUAAAGGCAGAACAGAUGUAAUGGAAGUGAAUCCUUACAACGGUGUAGUUGCCUUGGGACAUUCUGGUGGAACCGUCACAAUGUGGAAACCCACCAGCCAAGUACCUCUAGUCCAAAUGCAUUGUCACCCUGGACCAGUCUCCUCUGUAGCCUUUCAUCCAAAUGGCCAUCUCAUGGCUACAUCUGGUAAAGAGCGCAAAGUCAAGAUCUGGGACCUGCGUAAGUUCGAGGAGAUUCAGACUAUCCACGGUUUCCAUGCCAAGACGUUGAGUUUCAGUCAGAAAGGUUUGUUAGCAGCUGGGACUGGUUCGUUUGUUCAGGUUUUGGGAGACUCUAGUGGUGGUGGUUAUAGCAGAUACAUGAGCCACUCGAUGGUGAAAGGUUACCAGGUGGAGAAGGUUAUGUUCAGACCGUAUGAGGAUGUUCUUGGGAUUGGUCACUCUAUGGGAUGGUCUAGCAUUCUUAUUCCAGGGUCUGGAGAGCCUAACUUUGAUUCUUGGGUUGCUAAUCCGUUUGAAACUUCGAAACAGAGACGUGAGAAGGAAGUUCAUUUGCUUCUUGAUAAACUCCCACCAGAGACAAUCAUGCUUGAUCCUUCAAAGAUUGGUGCCAUGAGACCUUCGAGGAGGAAAGAUAAGCCUACGAGAGGAGAGAUAGAAGCUGAGAAAGAGGUGGCGAUUGAGGCAGCAAAGAGUGUUGAGCUGAAGAAGAAGACUAAAGGAAGGAAUAAACCAAGUAAGAGGACUAAGAAGAAGAAAGAGUUGGUGGAGAAUGCUAAGAAGACGUUCCCGGAGCAAGAACACGGCAACGUUGCAGGACAGAAGAGAAGAAUAGGUGAAGUUGCUGGGGCUGAGUUGCCCACAAGUUUGAAAAGGUUUGCUCGGAAAAACUGAAUGUGAUGUGAAAGUCAAGAUGAGGUGGAUGAGUUUGUGGCAAUGUCUGAAGAUUUUGUAUUUUAAUUUUGUUUUUUUUUCUCGUUAUAAUUGUUUCUUUGAACUUGAACUUUGAAGAUGUAGCCCCCCCCCCCCCCCCAAAAAAAAACUAAACUCAAGUU